AUGGUGCACCCAGCCAAAGUCACAGCCAGCGCGCCCACAGCAAACAACUUGCGACCCAGCCUCUCCCGAAGUCACCGUUCUCGAGCAUCCGGAUCCUUCCACGCCGGAGAGCCUUUUCCCUUCCCAUCGCCGUACGACGAAACGCGGCCUAGCGGCAGUCGAACUCGAAGACGUCCCGCCGCAGAUCCUCGGAGUCUCCUCCGUCGCCAGUCAACUCCAAAGUACCACACUUUUCCGACCUCGCCGCCCGAGUCGCCCUCAGACGGCCAAUGGUCGCCUCGACGACCCCGCGCCUGGUACAAACGGCUCUUUAGGCUGCGUGGCAAGAAAUCCGAUUCACGAGAUGAGGAAGGUGGUCUCGGUGGCGCAUCCGACGACGCGCCGGAUUUGGAGGGAGCCGGCCGGGGAAGACAAACGAAAAGAGGCCACACAGCAGAUUAUGGGUACGAUUCCCCCAGCGCGGACACAACCCCUUUGCCGUGGGCACAGCUCUCUCUCCUGGCCCUUCUAUCCCUCGCCGAACAAACCGCCCUGAACUCGAUUGGUCCAUACCUGCCAACCAUGGUGGCUUCCUUUGACGAAAUCCCAGAUGGCGAUGAGGGCCUAUACGUUGGGCUUCUCGCCUCGUCGUUUGCCCUUGCGCAGUUGGCGACAAACCUCCUGUGGGGAUACCUAUCCGAUCGCGUGGGACGCAAGCCCACGAUGCUUCUGGGCACGUCUCUCUUGAUGGUUUGCUUUGUCUGCUUCGGGCUCUGCAGCACCUUUGCCCAGCUGAUCAUGGUCCAUGUGGCCAUGGGCCUGUUCAACGGAAACGCGGCCAUCGUGCCGACCUGCCUGGGGGAGAUCACAGAUCGCACCAACCAAAGCGGCGCCUUCACUUGGCUGCCCGUCAUUUACAGCCUCGGGAGCAUCACCGGGCCCGCCCUGGGCGGCUUGCUCGUCGGAGUCCUCGGCGGAUCGAGGUAUCCGUUUCUAGCGCCCAACAUCGUCGUUGCAGCGCUGUUGCUUGCCAGCGUCGUUGUGCUGGCAAUCUGGUUCGACGAGACGCUCAAUAGCCUCGACCAAAGCGCUGCUGGACUGGGCCUAGAAUGGCUAUACAAGGCUCGUGACUGGUGCGCGGCGCGCCUGAGAAGAACGUCCCAGGCGCCGUCGCGACCGCCUGCGACUGAAAGACUGCCACCGGCAUCGAAUGAUCAAGACCGGCUGGAUGGAUCCUCCGAUAGCGAAGAAGAAGAAGAAGAAGAAGAAGAAACGGAUUCCGCGGAUGAGCAAAGUGGCCUAUUCCAAUCUCGGGGCACUGAAGCCGAAAAUGGGGACAAUAAGGAGCCCGAGCAGACGGGCUCCGCCUUCCAUGAACUCAGCAAGCGCAACACACUGGCCAUUUUGGGCACGUACCUUGUAUUCCAACUUACCAACAUUUCGUACAACUCCCUGUACCCGAUGUUCGCUUCGUCCCCGCCGCCCACCGGGCGCGAGCUUGGACCGGGCAUAAUCGGCGUUAGCCUCUCGCUGGCUGGCGUGGCGACCAUCCUGUUUCAGGUACUGGUGUUCCAGAGAGUGAAAUCCCGCAUUGGAAAUCUCGGGACCUACCGCUCCUCGUUACUCGGAAUGGCCAUAAGCAUGGCCCUCAUGCCGUGGAUCGACUACGUUGACAGCAAUCCACCACUGGGGCUGGGAACCGGGAAGCUCUGGUUAUAUAGCGAACUGGGGGCCAUUCUUGUGCUCAAGAACAUCUGUGCGGUUGGUGGUCUCAGUAGCGUCAUGCUUUUGAUAACCAACUCGGCACCAUCGAAUGAGACGCUUGGCACGCUCAACGGCAUCGCGCAGACCCUCUCAGCGGCCGGCCGCAGUGUUGGACCGUUUCUGUCGGGCGGUCUGUUCACUCUGUCAACACGGGUGAGGCCGAAAGGUGAGGCACUUGCAUGGGGUCUCUUUGCGGGCGUGGCGCUUCUCGGAUGGCUUGGCUCUUUCGCCAUCCACAACAAAGGGCUUGAGAGCGCGGACUGGGAGGACGACGAGGAUGACAGCGACGAAAUUGACGAAUGCGGCGACGAGGAGCAGCACGGUUAUUAG